GCCGCUCGCUUCCGCCCCCAUGGACGCGGCCGAAGUGGAGUUUCUGGCCGAGAAGGAGCUGGUGACCAUUAUCCCGAACUUCAGUCUGGACAAGAUCUACCUCAUCGGGGGGGACCUGGGGCCCUUUAACCCUGGCCUGCCGGCGCAAGUGCCUCUGUGGCUGGCGAUCAACCUGAAGCAGAGACAGAAGUGUCGGUUGCUCCCGCCGGAGUGGAUGGAUGUGGAAAAGUUGGAGAAGAUUAGGGAUCACGAACGGAUGGAAGAAACUUUCACCCCUAUGCCUAGCCCCUACUACAUGGAACUGACCAAACUCCUGUUAAAUCAUGCUUCAGACAACAUCCCAAAAGCAGAUGAGAUCCGCACUCUGAUCAAGGAUGUGUGGGACACUCGCAUAGCCAAGCUCCGGGUAUCUGCUGACAGCUUCGUGAGGCAGCAGGAGGCACACGCCAAGCUGGAUAAUUUGACCUUGAUGGAGAUCAACACCAGUGGGGCAUUCCUCACACAAGCUCUUAAUCAAAUGUACAAACUCCGCACAAACCUGCAACCUUCUGCAAGUGCCCAGUCUCAGGACUUCUAGAGAAUGACCUUUGUAAAGGCCUUGCUGUCUGCCGGCAGGAGGCUCGCCAGGUGGUGUGCGAGUACUCGGGACAUGAGAGAUACCCGCAGUUCUGGAUUUCUAGAACCAUUCGAGUCUGGGAACAAUAUGUACUGAAGCAAGGAACGGAUUUGUAACAUUGUCGGAAAGCAACAGGUUGCACUUCGUUUUCUCAAGGUAUUUUUUAAUUCCACACCUGUCUCUGGAAGCCAACUGUUCCUUUGUGGAGGAAAGAAAAAGCUUUGGCAAACAAGCUCUUCUCCCUAGCAGUCACAGGUCUCCUGCAUGGAACUGUUGUGUGUGGGUGAGUGUUCAGUGACGUUACACGUUGCUUUGAAAAGACACACAUACAAGUGGCGAUAUGGCCCCUAGGGCUUUUUAAUUUUGAUACGGAUCUCUUGGGCUAAACUUAGAAUCUAGAGAUUGCUCACACAGAGAAGGAUGGCAGAUAUGGCUUGUGGUGCUGACCAGUGUUGGUCAUCUAAACCCUGAUACGUAAUAAAGAUGGAAUCAACCCAAUCUUUGGGUUUAUUUUUUCCUGCUUAACUACCAAGCAGAAGGAGUAAGCCAUGUGGCUAAAAUGGUCUGAUUGACCAAACCGAGGUGUGUAGCAGGCUGUAGACUUCAAACACUCUGGUUGUCUCUUGUUUUCUUUGCUACUUCUGGUUAAGAUUUGAAGGGUUGUUUUUGCUUAUCAAG